AUGCGCCACAGCAAGAGCUCAGCUGCUGCCCGCCGUCUCCUCGGCGCUCUCUCUCCGCACUUCGAGCAUGCGUGGCCAUGGCCACUCGUCGUGCAAAUUGUCGACGCCACCGACUUUGACUCCACGUUGAUAUCCGGCGAGAUUGAGGCUGCCACCGCCAGCCUCGGCGCCGCGCCGACGACGUUGCUCGCUCUGACAAAGGCGAACCUGACGCCGCGGCUGGACGAGGCGGACCUGCUCUACCUGCAGUACCGUGCUCAACAGCGAGGGCCGCUGCUGCGCUGCCUCUCCGCCCACCCCGUGGCCGCAAACAGCCUCGACGGAGUGACUGAACUCGCCUCCGCCGUGCUCGCCGCCGCUCGAGGGAGCGAGGUGGUCGUGUGCGGCGCGUCGCGCGUCGGAAAGGCCUCCCUCGCUCGGGCGCUCGCCCAGCACGGCUGCGAGGUCCGCGACACGGCGCCGCUCGAUCUGCCGUGGCGUACGCCCAUCCUACCGCCACUCGACGGGGAUACGCCCGCCCUGCUGCUACCACAGCCGCCGCUGCUCAUCGAGCCGGGCCAGGGUGUGGCGUAG